AUGAUGUACUUCGCCAUGAUCGUGAUCUUGUGCUUUGGAAUUAUGAUCUCGCGCUUCGUCGUUGUGAUUGUGCGCUUCGCUUAUGGCCAGUAUAAGAAAGGAUGCGAUGCUUCUACCAGAACAAAGUAUGUUAUGAAAAAGAUUGCUUCCGGUGAAAAAAACUUCCUUUGUCGGCCGAUUUUCAAGAGAAAAAAAGGUGGUUGGUAUGAGGGUUGCAGCAGAUUGUCAACAGAUGACAUAGACAGGGUCUUCAAUUUAUAUGAUGUGGAUAGAAAUGGUUACAUUGAAAACGAAGAACUACAUGGGUUUCUGAAAGACUUAAUGGAAGUCGUCGAAGAUGAUUACGAUGCCGAUGAUCUGUUAGUCUGUCAGAAAAUCCUCUUGGACAAAUGUGACCUCAACCAUGACGGGAAGAUUAACAAGGAAGAACUUACAAUGGUCCUUACCUCGUGCAACAAGAAUAACACGGGCGAUGACCCUACACUUCCAUAAAUGACAGUGUGAACAUUUCCCUUUGUUUUAUACGAAUGGUUUGAAUUAUUUUGGAAUUCAGUGGUGUUUACAUACUUAUCUUUAUAUUGGAAGGAUGUUUAUCAAUUAUUUAUGUAUAUUUGUAAGAUAUAUGUAUAGUUAUUUAAUUUUAAUGUAUAUUGCCAUUUCAAAAUUACUGGCUUGUAAUUUCAGCGUCUUUGUGGCCACUUAACCUGAUCGUUAUUGUUCAUCUUAUCUAGCCGGUGCAUUAUUACAUACCUCUUUACGAGACUAUAAAAGUAAGAAAAAAGGACUACGAAAAACACAAUCU